AUGGAGGCGCAGCAGGAGAAAGAGAUGAGGGUUGCUGGUUGGUUGAAAAAUAUAUUUGGAGAUCAUCCCAUUCCACAAUAUGAAGUGAAUCCACGGACCACAGAUAUUCUGUAUCACCUGUCAGAACGCAACAAGACCCGGGACAGGGAUGUCUCCCUGGUGACAGAGGAUUUGAAACAGAAAGCAAGCGAGUAUGAAUCAGAAGCUAAGCAUCUUCAAGAUCUUCUCAUGGAAGGUAUGGAUUUUUCACCUGCCAGUCUCUCUAAUACUGGUUUCAGGUAUCUGAAUUCUUUGGUUGAAAUCGCACUGCUGCUUGAAACAAAAGACACGUCACUAACUAGCUUCAUCCCUGCAUUGAAUGAUUUGACCUCUGAUUUUUUUCGAACCAAGUACAAAAAUGAAGAAAUAGAACUCGAAUUGACAAAACUUGGAAAAAACCUAACUGCAACUUUAGUAUUAGAAAAGCAUCUACAAGAAGAUCUCAAGAAGGCAGAACAGCAUCUCAGUAAAGAAAGGGCCAAAGUUGACCAGCGUCUUCAAAACAUGAACUUCCUAAAAGCAAAAUCACAGGAGUUCAGAACUGAGAUCCAAGCCACAGAGGAACAACUUUCAGCCAGAGGCAUGGAUGCCUCUCUGUCUCAUCAGUCCCUAAUAACACUGUCAGAAAAACUGGAAGAACUAAAACAACAGACAGAACCUUUGAAGAAAAAAUUGGAAUCUUAUUUAGAUUUAAUGCCGAACCCAUGUCUUGCUCAAGUAAAAAUUGAAGACGCAAAGAGGGAAUUGGAAACCAUUGAAGCUGAGCUUACACAGAGAGUGGAGAUGAUGGGACUGUGA